AUGUUCGGCGGAAAUCAACGAUGCUUGACGGCCGUCCUUGUGCUUAACCUCGCAGUCACUGCUCAGUCUUACUCGUAUCAAGCUGUCAAGGACAUAUGCGCUGCCUUAGAAACCGACUUCCCAGCCCUGACCCUGUUCCCUGGGGAGUCUUUAUAUAAUUACAUCAAUGAAGAUUACUUCAGUGCCGAGGCAUGGCUUGGCCCAGCGUGUAUCUUCAUCCCCACCAGCUCCGAACUCAUGGCACAUGCCGUGGCGCAACUCAAAGAUUCAGAUGCUCCCUUUGCCGUUCGCGGUGGUGGAUGGAUGCCGGUCCCAGGCGCGGCGAACAUCGACUCCAGUGGCAUUCUCCUGGCAACAACGAAUCUGACGGGCUUGCAACUGUCGUCGGACCUUUCAUCGGUCUCAGUCGCCUCUGGUCAUGACUGGGCAGAGGUCAUCGACUACCUAUCCCCUCAUGACCUGGUCGUGGUUGGCAGCCGCAUCGGAGUCGUUGGAGUACCUGGGUUCUUGUUAGGCGGAGGCAUGUCAUUCUUGAGCAACCAAUAUGGAUGGGCCUCGGCGAAUGUUGUCGGGUACGAGGCGGUCCUAGCAUGCGGCUCAAUCGUCUACGCAAUGGCAGACAAUGAGUAUUCUGACCUCUUUUGGGCUCUUCGAGGCGGCGGCAACAACUUUGCCAUCGUCACCAAGUUCGAGCUCAAAACUUUCAACAUACCAUCUGUUGCCGUAGGUCAAGUUGCAUACGGCUCAGGGCAGCGGGACUCUUUUAUCAAAAACCUCUACGACUUCAGCCAGACUGGAGUUUUGGACGAGCGUGCCUUUGUCCUCCCGACCAUAUCCUUCGUCCCAGCAGCCGGCCCAAACAUCACCUACUCUGCCAUCUUGUUCUACAAUGACAACAACACCUCUCCCUCUGCGCUUGAGAGUUUUCUCCCCCCAGUGGCCAGUCCGCGAAGCAGCACUUUCUCUGUGCGCACCAUGGCCAACUGGACUGCGGAAGCCGACGAAGGCUUCGACAAAGUGCACGGCCAGAACUUCCGCUUCCACGGGUUUUCGAUGCUCGCGGAUCUGGACGCCAUGUACGCUGUUCACGACAUUUUCUUCCGGCACACGCAGCAGAGCGGGCCUGCCAUCGAGGGUUUCAUCUCCACAUUGGCAAUGAACGCCGUCUCCAAGUCUUAUAUCACCAAAAACCGCGGCACGGACCCGGCCGGCGACCCCAUGGGCAUCGACGCGGACAAGGCACCGUAUUUCCUCUGUGAGGAAACCUUUUCAUGGACCAGUAAGAAUGAUACCGGAAGCAUUGAGCAGCUCAUGACGGACAUCAACGAGGAGCUACGAGCGAAGCUGGGGGAGACUAUUGUCCCGUUCCUGUAUCUCAAUAAUGCGGGUGGUGGGCAGGAUGUGUUCCAGGGAUAUCAUCCGGCGAAUGUCGCUAGGUUGAGAUCAAUUAGGGACAAGUACGAUGAGUCUGGACUCUUGACGAACCAGCUCAUUGGGGGAUUCAAGCUGGACUAA